CCCUCUCUGUACCUUGUGACAACCACAACUCAUCAACAGAGCAUAUGCGGAGCCGCACUUAUCUGCUCAUUCUCCUCCUGUCAUUCCGCCUUCUAUCUUUGAUCAUUGUCCCACCGCGCUCAGCCCAAACCCUCACUCACCACGAAUUUUCAGCAUCUCUUUCUACUCCCCAACUCAUCAGAGGAGCUAAACUCCCGUGGAAUCUUUCAUUUGGAGUUCCUCGACUGCCGCACUUUUUUCCGCAGGAGUGGUUUUUAUACUUUGAACUUACUCUUCUUCCCCUAGGUGACCAUGGCCGUACCGGCUGCUUUGAUCCAGCCAAUCCCUCUGGUCCAGACGCCUUCGAUCUCCACUCCUUCCGCGACCACGUCCCCGCUGUCAACAACUUCUUCCCCGUCUCCCUCCGUGGGCCCAUCCGGCCAGAACCUGUUCCGCUCGGAGCUCCUCGCCAACAGUAGCCCCGGUAUCUCGACCCCGACCGGGACUCUGCCCAGCAAGCCAGUCUACUCGACCCCGUCGCCUGUUGAAAACACCCCGCAGAACAACGAGUGUAAAAUGGUGGAGUUGAGGGGGGCGAAGGUGGCGUCUUUCACGGUGGACGGCUGCGAACUCAUCUGCCUGCCCCAGGCGUUCGAUCUGUUUCUGAAGCACCUUGUCGGAGGACUGCACACCGUGUACACCAAGCUGAAGAGACUGGAGAUCACGCCGGUGGUGUGCAAUGUGGAGCAGGUCCGCAUCCUGCGAGGUCUAGGGGCCAUCCAGCCAGGAGUCAAUCGCUGCAAACUCAUCUCCAGAAAAGACUUCGAGACUUUGUACAAUGACUGCACCAAUGCCAGCUCCAGACCGGGCAGACCUCCAAAGAGGACCCAGAGUGUGACGUCAUCAGAGAACCCACACAUCAUGCCUCACUCUGUCCCUGGCCUCAUGUCCCCUGGAACCUUCCCAUCCUCAGGGCUGACAGCGGCAGCGGCGGCAGCUGCCAACGCGGCCAUCGCCGAAGCCAUGAUGAAGAAGAUCAAGCUGGAGGUGAUGAGCGGCUACCACGGCAACGCCAACCAGCAUGGGGCAGACGGUGAGAACGGAGACGUCAGCUCCAGUGUGGGUUUGGAACUGCCCUUCAUGAUGAUGCCCCACCCCCUGAUCCCGUGCAGCUUGCCCCCUGCCUCUGUCACCAUGGCAAUGAGCCAGAUGAACCACCUCAGCACCAUCGCCAACAUGGCCGCCGUCGCACAGCAACAGAGCCUGCCCUGCAGAAUGGUCACCUCAGUCAUCAAGGACCAGGAUUGGGAAACACUGUUAUAUUCCAACAUGGCCGAUGUGGCACAGCAGCAGAGCCUGCCGUGCAGAAUGGUCACCUCAGUAAUCAAGGAGCGUGUCCCAGACAGUCCUUCCCCCACCCCUUCCUUAGAGGACGGCAGGAGGCCCGGCAGCCACCCGUCGUCCCACCGCAGCAGCAGUGUCUCCAGCUCACCGGCCCACACAGAGAGCUCCUCAGACAGGAUACCCAUACAUCAGAAUGGUCUUUCUAUGAACCAAAUGAACCAAGCUCUGCUGGGCCUCUCCCCUAGCAUUCUGCCUGGGCCUAAAGAAGGCGACCUGGCCCACGACAUGAGUCACGAAKCAAAGAGGAUGCACGUUCACAAAGACGACAAUCCAAUGUGCACCCCGACUGCGAGAGACAGCUACGAGAGGCUGUCGUUGACUGGACAAGGUCUACCACCUGGCUUCCCUUCGCCAUUCCUGUUCCCAGACGGCCUGUCAUCAAUAGAGACUCUUCUCACUAACAUACAGGGCCUGCUGAAGGUUGCGAUUGACAACGCGCGGGCCCAGGAGAAGCAGGUGCAGCURGAGAAGACGGAGCUAAAGAUGGAGCUGUUCAGGGAAAGAGAGCUCCGGGAGACCCUGGAGAAACAGCUCGCUAUCGAACAGAAGAACAGAGCAAUAAUCCAGAAGCGCUUGAAGAAGGAGAAGAAGGCAAAGAGGAAACUUCAGGAGGCUCUGGAGUACGAGUCCAAGAGGAGGGAGCAGGCUGAGCAGUCCCUCAAACAGCCCUCGCCCUCAGAAGGCCUGCGCUCACUCAAUGACUCACUGACCCCAGAGACGGAGAGUGACCGCAGUGCUGGAAGAACAGAUGCUGAGAGGACAAUACAAGAUGGAAGACUGUUCUUGAAAACCGCAGUGAUGUACUGAUAAGAAGAUGACGAGGAGAGCUGAAGGAGAAAACAAUCCCAUGAAGAUACUCAAGAGCCCUUAUCCAGGCAGAUUUAGUAGCAGAAAACAAGUUUCGCUGCGUUUACUGUAGCAGUUCAAUGGAAGUGUGUUUGGCCAAGCGCCGGAGAAGGGUUGUGUCUGAAUGUAGAAUUAGAACACUUUUUCUUACAGAUAUCAACAUAAUAUAGUAGCUGAAGCAGGUUUGGAUGCAUUGAGGUGGGUUGUUUUCUAAGUAUAAACACAUUUUUAGCACAGUAAAAAAUUACCAAGGGGUACACUGUUGGUAAUGUCUCAGAUAAAUUCACAGCACUGACGAUUUUUUAUACUGUAUUUCAACCAGCGAGAAAGCUUUGAACAUGGUCAGACUCAGAGUUUUUUUUUUGUAUUUCAAGUUUAAUUCCAAAAUAUAAAGCUUGGAAAGAACCUGUGACAAAAUAUAUAAUUUAUCCGUAUGUUGAUCAAAAGAGACGACUGAGAUUUGAUUUGAAUGUUUUCUAAAUUAUAAGAAAAUACAAUCAAGUAUCCUUUUUACUAUUGUUGUAUAUACCAGAACUGACGAUAAUGAUAGGAUAGCUCACUCUAUCAAUAUGGUAUAUGUAUAAAGUUAAGAGGUGGUAUUGGGUAUGCAGUAGAUCUAUUAGGAAGACAAAUACCGACAUUUAUAUGAAUUUAUAGUUUGUUUUUGUUUUGUUUCUGAGCCACCAUUCUUUCAAAUACCUGCCAUUUUGGUGAGAWAGCAUGCAGGCAUGUAAAUGUUUGUCCUGGAAUUAUGAUAUUUAAAUCCUAUAUUGUGCUGAACAAAUACGUAGGGUUSAUUCACUUAAGCCCAACUGUUUUCGAAAAUGUACACCUCAAACAUUUUGCCUUCCAAUAACUUUUGCUGUCAAUAGUAACCCUUUGCAACAAGUAAUACUGUUUUUUAUAUGGACACUUUUUAAAAGAUAGUUUCCCAGACACCUUUGUUCCUAAUGUGUGGCUAUUAACUUGUUACAUGGACUGUUGGUAAUCACAUAUUAUCACUUGGUAACGAAUCUCCUCUUUCAAGACAAUUUAUUCAGAAGUCACAUACAGAUAUAGGAUCUUAAUUUGACCAGUUUCCCACAGCAGGAAAAUAAUACUGCAGAUAAAGGAAAUGUGAAUUAUUAUGUUGAUUAUAAUGAAUUGACAUUUUUGUAUGGGGUUGAUACAUUUUUGGUUUGUGCAAAUCAAGUCCAACAUUUKAAAGUUUUAAACUAUUUCAUGCCGUGCAGGACAUUUCCUGCAACAACUGGUGAUCAAAUUAAGAUCCUACAUGUGUACAGACAAUGGACCAGAUAGAAUGACUAUCGGAAACAAUUAACCGACCCUCUCCGUUGUAGAAUAUUGGUUUGAUAACUCAAGCAAAGUUCCCUCACAAAAUCAGUGAUGUACAGUAUGUUAAUGCAAUCAUGAUGCAGCAAAAAGAAKACAUUUUACUUUAUGGAGAGAUGUGCUUCAUUUGUAUUCAAGCUGAAGGUUSAAUAGUUUUGCACAUCAGGUGAGUCAACUCUUAUGCAGUAUGUAAAAGUUAAUUCCCGAGACAGGAGCUGAUUUCUGUCAUGUACUGUAACAGGAACAGGCUAUGUGUUUGAAAAAAUGUAAGGAAAAGAGUGUCUGUCCCCAUGUUCACACUUUAUUUUACUUUGAAAGUUUGUUGCGAUGUUUAUUGUUGACCUGUCGCUAGUAACUUACAUAUAGCUACGCAUAGCACACUUCAUUGUACUUCAACUUUAAAUAAACUUCAAAUGUUGAUGAUAA